AUGAUAACGAAUACAUACGGUUCGUUCGUUGCAGCAGUUUUCGGCAAAGAAGAAAUUCCAUAUAGUGUUAAAAUUAUGAGGUGCGUGAAUAUAAACAUUAAAGAAGGAGAUGGUCUACCGUCCAUGAUAUGUGAAAACUGUGUAACUGAGCUGGCGAUAACAUAUGAGUUUGUACAAAAAUGCGAGACAUCUGAUAAAGCACUUCGCAACUUGUCGGCCGAUUUUUUCGACGAAAUUAAACCAAAAAUUGAAAUUGACAUUAAACUUGAAGACAUUAAAAGGGAAUUGGGUGUUCCAGAAUGCUUUGAGAAUUACUUUUCGGACGUAGAAUCCGAUAAAGCUCAUAAUACACCUGAAGAAAAAAGUAAACACAAUGAGCGGAAAAAAACUGUUAAGAAAAAAUUUAAACGAGGAAGAGUUGGGCCUAUACAAUGUGUAGUAUGUGGACUGCUUGUCACUAGCCCUUCGGCCAUGCAGAAUCACAUGCGCACUCAUACUGGUGAAAAACCCUUCGUGUGUUCCUGUUGUGACUCCAGGUUCCCGACUAAGGGCUCCUUAAAGAGGCACCAUGACACCUAUCAUGCCGAGCGUGAACGAGAAUGCACUAAAACAUUUCCUACAGCAACAAUGCUGGAGUUCCAUCUGUUAAAGCUGCACACUAAUCACACGCCAUAUAUGUGCCAGUAUUGCUCCAGGGGCUUUUACCGAACAAGUGAUCUCUCUCGACAUCUUAGGGGUGGCUCAUUGCGCGCACUUUGGAUGCCCGCUGGGAAGAAUAGUGGGACUGGCCUGAAUUCGACCCUCAACCAGUCCCACUAUUCCUCCCAGCCUCUUCCUGAGAAUGACUCUCCUUGUCCUCUGCAACCGAUGUAUGGGAAGAGGACCGCCGGUAACGUCGUGCCUCUCACUCUCGCGCCAAUUAGUCGAGAGGUGAUACGAGAGGCCGUUAGCCCGCGACCGGCCGACGCGACGCACGUCCCGCUCCGUCAAUCGUCGAUUGUCCAGCGACCGCGCCAGGUGUCGGCGCCG